AUGUCAACCAAAGAAUUCGAAAAAUUUUUGAAUGGUCCUCUUAUUUCAUGGAUUGGAUCAUGCCUUCCUCGACACGAGAAAAUUUCUGAAUACGAAUUCCUUUUAGAUGGAUCAAUUUUGCACACUGUGUACCUUCAAAUAGAUCCCGAGCCACAGUAUCACCCAAUUAAGUCGAAGAAUGAAGAUGACAGUGUAUGGGCUACAAGCAGCCUACAAAAUUUGGAUAUUGUGGUGCGAAAUCUACAGUGCCUCUACGAUGAAGAGUUCAAUCAAAUAAUAUUAGUUUUACCGGAUAGUGAAAUUCUUUGUCAGUCACCAGAAUCGCUAGCAGGCUUGGAACAUAUGAAACUGUUGAUAACCCUCUUGUUAGGGGCAGCUGUUCAAUGUCCAAAUAAAGAAAUAUUUAUAGCUCGAAUCAAAGAACUGGAUUUGAAUACACAACUUGAAAUAGUAGAUAUCAUUAAACAAGUCACAGACAGUGAAGCUUUGGUACUUACACGUGAAGCGCUAGAACAACUUUCUCCGGAAAUCAUGUGUCAGCAUAUAGCUCGGUUAGUAAAAGAGCGUGACCAAUAUCAUAACAAAUGGAUCUCGACAGUUGAAUCUGCUUUAGAUUUAACGGACAGUUGUAGCUCAAAAAUUCUAAAACAACAUUCUAGUACAAUGGUGGAUCUAAGCGAUUACAAGUUCAGACUGAGAAAGUUACGGCAGGAACUUGAAGAAAAAUCGGAAGUAAUCAUGGAAAUCAAGGAAGAGCUUGAUGACAAAAGUAAUCAGUUUGAAAAACUUCGAAUAGAGAGUGAAGUUUGGCAAACCGAAGCAAAACGAGCAGCGGUUUAUCGAGACGAGAUAGAUAUUUUGCGCGAACGAGGAGAGCGAGCGGAUCGUCUUGAAGUAGAAGUGUUAAAACUGAGAGAAAAACUACGCAACGCUGAAUAUUAUCGUACCAGAGUAGAUGAGCUAAGGGAGGAUAACCGCAUCUUGUCUGAAACAAAGGAAAUGAUAGAGGAACAACUGCUCCAUUCUCGGAAACGCAGUGAUCAGGUUCUAAUUCUUGAGAUAGAGAAUAUCAAACUCAAACAAAUGCUGGAUGAUUUCUCACAGGAACGUGACAAGUACAAAAGUAGAUUGCAAGAUCUUUUAGAAGAAAAGGACAAACUGCAAUUGGCGAUAAAUAACUUAUUGUCUGGGUCUGACACAGUUUUUCAAUCAAAUAUAGAAGAAUGCAUAUCGUACAAUGACAAGAGCUUAUCUGUGCAGUUAAGCACCGACGCGCAGUCCCGUGCCAUCAAAAUGGAGUUGGAAAACAUGCGUCUACUAGCAGCUUUAAACAAUCAUCAAGAAUCAUCCCUCCACGAUUCACAUCGACUGAAGAAGGAGAAAACCAAACUUACUCUUCGAGUUGAGCAGGCGCAAGAAAACAAUAAUCGAUAUGGAUCAGAAAAUGUAGAUUUAGAAAAUGUCUUGCAAAAUGCAUUGAACGGGAAUAAAAAUCUACAAAAUGCUUUGGAAGGCAUACAGCAAAUUCAGAACAAACAAAAUGAAGAUUUUGAACAGCUUUGUCAAGCAGAUUUUGACAGGCAGAUAGAAAGCCUUACUAGGGACAAUGAACGAUUCCAGAGUCAAUAUGAGAGUGUCCUGCGAAAAACAAUUGAUUUGGAGCGAUCGUUGGAUUGCAAAAUGGAAGAAAUUCAGUUUCUAAAUGAAAAAUGUGAGGAGUAUAAGAAUCAACGAAAUGAACAUCUAGAUCUGCACAUGAAAGUAGCAACAUUAGAAAAGUUGAUCGGUAUUCAGGCAGAGGAUUUAAAAAAGUACAAAGAAAAGUUGGAACAAAAGGAAAAUGAAUUGAACGAAACUGUCAUAAAUCUCAAUGAAAAUAAGAAAGACAUUGAUAAAUUACUGGUUCAGUUGAACAAGAUUUCACAAGUAGAGGCUGAAAAAAUCCUACUCUUGCAACAGAUCGAAGACAGAAAGCAAGCCUAUGCUACUCUUCUACAAGACAAAUUUACGUUAGAAUGUCUUCAUGAGCAACUGACCAAUGAAUAUGAGUCACUCAAGAGCAAUAGAGAGAUUGUAAAGAAUAAUAUUCGGGAAUACAAAGUGGAAAAUAAUGAUUUGAAGGAACGAUGCCUGGUACUUGAGAAACAGCUGGAAGACUACAAACUUCAGUGCGCAUCUAUGAAGGAUGAUGUUACCAAUCUAAGAAAUUUGAAAUCAGAAAACUCAGAAUUGAAGGACGACUUUCGAUGUUUGUUUACAAAUAGUGAACGGCUUCAAACAGAAUUGAAGAAUGUUGAGGUCGAGUACAGAUUUUGCAGAUCGGAGAACAAUCGACUAAAACUCCAGAACACGGAGCUAUAUGGAGACUUGAGUAACAAAAUAGAGCAGCUCAUGAAUCUGGAAAUCGAGUACACAAAAUUACACCAACGAUUUGAGAUUAUUGUCCAAAUGAAUUCUAAUCUUGAUACAGACAGGCGUACUCUCAUGGAGCACGUAUCACAAGUGUUGGCUCAGUACAACGAGCUUUUGCUUCAUUCUCUAGAGGAUAAACAGCACUAUCAUGAUGAAGAGAAGAACUUCACAGAUUACGUAAAUAAUUUACUGCGUCAAAAGGAAAAGUUAGAAGAGAAAAUCAUGGAUCACUAUCGGAAGCUAGACAAUUGUACACCGAAAAAGAAAACAUUCGGUCUAAAUUUCGUCAAAAAAGUCCGCAAAGCAGGCACAGAAUUAAUUAAUCGAGUUCCUAAUCGGAAUCGUCGUUCCUGUAUUGAUGAACCUAGAAUGACGCUCGUCCAAUUCGUAGUUGGAUCGGAAACUGACGGAAACGUGUCGGAUAACAGCACAGAGGAAUCCAUUCCGAUAGCAACAGAUGCUAAUCUGUCACAGUAAAAUUGGGUGCUGUUGCAACUGCAUCGAGCGUCUUGAUAGAAAAAAUCAUCUAGUCAUGUUGAAAAUGACCCUCUUCUAA